UGUGGCAAUGGCCAUGGCAAAGGCGUCGGGAUCCCAGCAGUCGUCCUCGCAGACCCAGGCGCAGGAUAAUCUGCGCAUAUUUUUAAGGCAUUUGUAUGCCGAGUGCGUGUACCGAUACCAAAACGACACAUACGACGACCCGUCAGUGUCAGUUGAUGGGGCGGCAGCAACAGACUACGAGUCAGAAUUGCCAGAGAACUUCAGUCCCGUGCCGCGAUAUCUGGAGAACGCUGUGUUGAAUGAGGGUGCCAUCGACAUGCGGAAUGUGGAUGUGGAGCUGGCGGAGAAGGAGGAGCUGCUGGCCACCGUUCUCAGCGUCACAAUGGCCACAAAUCAGCAGGAGAGCGAGCACCACGAGGUCACCACCACCAACAAUCGCAGUGCCGGGGAGCGACUCUUCUGUCCCCUGAACUUUGACGGAUAUCUCUGCUGGCCGAGGACCCCGGCCGGCACCGUGCUGAGUCAAUAUUGUCCCGAUUUCGUUGAGGGAUUCAACAGCAAAUUUCUGGCCCACAAGACCUGUCUGGAAAAUGGCUCCUGGUUCCGUCAUCCAAUGAGCAAUCAGACGUGGUCCAAUUACACCAACUGCGUGGAUUACGAGGACCUCGAGUUCCGUCAGUUUAUCAACGAGUUGUAUGUAAAGGGCUAUGUCCUCUCCCUUCUGGCCCUCCUUGUAUCGAUUCUCAUCUUCCUGGGCUUCAAAUCUCUGCGCUGCACCCGCAUCCGGAUUCAUGUGCACUUGUUCGCCUCGCUGGCCUUCACCUGUGUGGCCUGGAUUUUGUGGUACCGUCUGGUUGUGGAACGACCCGAAAUCAUAGCCGACAAUCCGCUCUGGUGCAUCGGAUUACACCUAGUGGUGCACUAUUUCAUGUUGGUCAAUUAUUUCUGGAUGUUCUGCGAGGGACUGCACCUGCAUUUGGUCCUCGUUGUGGUCUUUGUCAAGGAUACAAUUGUGAUGCGCUGGUUCAUCAUCAUCAGUUGGUUUUCACCCAUACACUUUGCCAUUGUCUAUGGCCUGUCCAGACAUUUCAGCGACUCGGACAAUGAACACUGCUGGAUCAAUGAUAGCCUCUACCUGUGGAUCUUUUCGGUGCCAAUAACCCUCUCAUUGCUGGCCAGCUUUAUUUUCCUUAUCAAUGUCCUCCGGGUGAUUGUGCGUAAACUUCAUCCACAGUCGGCACAACCUGCUCCCUUGGCCAUCCGGAAGGCAGUGCGUGCCACUAUCAUCUUGGUGCCGCUCUUUGGACUUCAGCACUUCCUGCUCCCCUAUCGUCCGGAUGCCGGAACCCAGCUGGAUCGCUUCUAUCAGCUGCUCUCAGUUGUUCUGGUCAGCCUUCAAGGCUUUGUAGUAUCCUUCCUGUUCUGUUUCGCUAAUCACGAUGUGACUUUUGCCAUUCGUACGCUGCUUAACAAGUGGUUGCCUAGUGUGGUGGCUCCUCCGCCGGCCGGGAGUAAUACUGGACAGAUGGCCACCACCACGCCCAGCCGAGAGCUGGGCGUUUAAAGUGUAUCGCUCAAGGAUCGAUCGAAAUCUUGACCGCAUAGCAGAGCAAAGAUUUUGAAAAGCUAUUGAGUUUUUCUUUUUUUAUUGUUUAUUUUGUAUUGUUAACUUCCUGAAAAUAUAAGCAAAGUAAGCCCGUGAAAAUAUA